GAACUGAGCUGUCAACUUUGGACCGGUCUCACCUGCUCGGAAGGACUAUGGUGAGCUUAUGCCAUACAGCAGCGUCUGUCGGGUCAACAGCACCAGUUUAUAUUGGAUUCGACUUUCGGUACCUUUUAACAAGUACACAUGUAAAACAUAAGGUGAAAUGGCUUCACGGGGAUCACAGGAAACCUCAAAAUUAAGACACAACCUGGAGGAACAGCUGGAGAGGCUCGUACAGCAGUUAGCAGACCUAGAGGAAUGCAAAGAUGACUUUGAUGAAGAAGAGUACGAGGAGACCAAGAAUGAGACAAUUGAACAGUUAAAGGAGUUUAAGGAAUCCCUAGAUAAAAUGGUCGAGGGCAAUGUGAGCCUUGUAGAUGAAUUGAACAGUAUGCAGCUGGCUAUACAAGCAGCUAUAAGUGAAGCCUUUAAGACACCAGAAGUAAUACGGUUGUUUGCCAAGAAACAACCAGGACAGUUACGGCAGCGCUUGUCAGAGAUUAGCCGUGAUGCUAAGAUUGGUAAAAUUCCAGCAGAUGUAGCGACAGCCCAGUCGGUUGAGAUUUUGACUGCUCUGAAAAAGCUAGGAGAGACUUUAACUCCUACAGAACAAGCCUACCUGGAUUCUAACUCAAGUGCCAGUCUUAAAGAGUUUGAACAAGUAUCAAGUAACCUUGCUUCUGGUGACAAGGUACUUGCCGUGGCAGGGUCGCAGGUUCAAAAGGCAAAUCAAUAGGAACCUAGCACAAGGCUGAUUGUCAAAGUGACUGAAAUAACAACCAAUGCAACCAGAACUGAGGCCAAAGGUCAUUCUUAAAUAGUUGCUGAAAUUUCAUGGUGCUCUUAAUACUUAUCAAUCAUGGAUUGCAAAGUACAGUAACAACAAUUUGACACAUCAGUCAUAAAUACGUGUAAUGAGUAAUAAUAAGAUCCUUGGAUGACCAUUUUGCAUAAUCCUGCAGAUUGUAAUCAAAACAGAGCCUUUCUAUGAAGAUUGAGUGUGUGUACAUCUUCUUUAUUAGGGCUAUUCCAUUAUUAGUCAUAUAGGGGAGGUGGGAAGCACCUGUAUUAUUCAGCUUCGGAUGGUCAGUUUUAAACCAGGUCUGCCCACCAUCCCUGAUAUUAAAUUACUUUUAAUAUUUGCUGGGAGAUGGGUCCCUGAAAAAAUGCCUCCAGACCCUCCAAUAGGGUUAUUUUUAGGGAAUAGCCCUUAGCACAGAUAUCAUCAUGUGUUGGGACAUGCUGAGAGAGUAAGACUGAACUGCUAAAUAGACCGAUGAGAGAAUAAACAAAAAUGUCAGUUGAAUGUUGAGAGAGAGAGUGAGACAUACUUGGGUUUUGUCAUGAAAAAUGAUGAAUGAGUGAGUCUUUGCUGUAUGAAUAUUUUGUGUAGAUGUUUUAUGUGCAUAUUUUUAUGGAAAUCAGAUGCAUCUAUAUUCCGUCUUUACGUAUUGCAGUUAUCUUCUCUUGUGAGCAGGAAUUGAUUGUUAUGUCAUUGGUUUGUGUGAGAAAAUGACGUCGUUUUCUUAAAAAUUGAUGACGUUACUCUCACAAAACAAAUGACGUAACAAUCAAAACCUGCUCCCAAGAGCAGAUAACUCUGCAAUACGAAAAGACGGAAUAGAGUUAAAUGGUGCAUUCUAGACGUAUAAAAAAUGAAAUUUCUUAUAAAAUUAAUAAAGUAAUGAAUACCAAAGAAAUUAUUAUUGAAAUGUUGAUUAAGAUACUUUCAUCGGAUUAAUAGAUAAUGUAUAAUGUAAAAAGAAUAUAUAUCCAUGUGAAAAGAUAUAACGACCAACUAAAGAGUAGCAGUUUCCAUCCUUCACUGAGAGCAGCUCUGUUAAGGGUGAAUGCUCCUAGUUUUAUAGAUAAUUUUGUGUUAAAUCCUGUGGAGAGCCAAUCGCUUAUAUAUUAUAUGUAUAGCACGAUCACUCAUGUGUAUUAAAAACGAGGAAAAUAUUAAAUUUUUAUUCCUUUGAACAUUCAAAAAUUCAUAUCUAGUUAUUGUGCUGCCAGAAACAGAUGAUUUAUUUCAAAAUUUAACAUUUUUUUCCUGCAAAAUUUUGACAUGCGGUAUGUAGUAAGGUCAACAUUUAUAUGAUAAUAUAGUUGCAUUGACUUUGUAUAACAGACUGGUGUGUAUGAAUGAGUGAUGAUGGUUACGUCUAGAACAUAUUUGUAUAGAUGUAGUUACUUACUUUUACAAUAAUAUAUCAUUCAUUUGCAAUAUUUUUUUCCAUAUAUAAUAAUCAAUAUAAUUAAUUUAUAUCUUCAUCAAGUCAGAAAUGUUCCAAUCUGAUUAAAAUCAUAUGUUACAUGGCUUCGUUAACUUCGAACUACACCUGAA